UCAGCAGGGAGUGCUCUAAAAGAAUCAGCAAAAUCAGAGACAAGAUGUAAAACAAUGAAAUAACUGGGCUUUGCGAUGCUUAUCGUGGAGUAGUGGUGGCUUGUUAUGAUCUGACUCGUGGAAGAACGAUGAUCAGCGAUAAGGCUGUGCUUCACCGCCUUCCAUCAAUGCUAACUUUUUGCCGUUUGGUAAGUGUCGGUCUCUUCAACUACACCCAGUUACGCCUAAUUUCCCAAUACGAGCCUCGAACACUACUCAAUUGCCCGCUAGCGCUCCAAAGUUGCCUAUCAUCCUAGUUUCUACCGAAUUCCAUUACGACCAAAGUCAUGUCCACCAACAAAUCCGCGUACGGCACCCCGACACCCGACACAUUCGGCGGCAAAAGCUGGGAUCGGGAGGAAUACGCUAAAAAGGGUGCCGAAGAGGAAGCUAAGCGAAGAGAAGAAGGAAAAGCUCGAUAUGAGGCCAAACUGCUGGGCAAAAAAUGGCACGCACCUGUCGACUACAGUUCGCUUGAAGCUACAACCUCCCGCAAAGAACGGCUCGAUGUCGCGUCGAUGGUUGGAAAGACGACAAUCGUCUCCGCAGCAAACGCGGUGGGCAAGCGUGGUCGAGGCGCGGGAUUCUACUGCUCGGACUGUGAUCUGACGUUCAAGGAUAAUUUGCAGUUGGUGGAGCAUCUGAACAGCAAGCAGCAUUUGAUCGCUACGGGGCAGAGCGGGGAGGUGGCAAAGGCUACAGUGGAGGAUGUGCGGCAGCGGUUGAGGAUGCUUGCCCACCAGAAACGGGUCAGGGAGGAAGAGGAACGGAUGGUGUGGCAGAUGGACCUGGGUGAACGACUUAAGGAAAGGGAGGAACAGCUUUCAAAAGAGCGAGAAGAAAAGAGGCGGAAGAGAAAUGAGAAGCGUCGCAAAGGUGGAGAUGGUGUAAAGCAGGAAGACAGCUGGGAAGGUCGGCUGGGGAUCAUCGCCUAG